UUUAUUUCUUUUAGCAAAAAUUCAAUUCAAAAAAAUAUUCAAUAUCUGCUCUCUCUCCCCCCCGUUUUUCCUGCGCAUGUCCUCAGUUUCCCGACCACACACAUCGCCACCACUACCCACUCCACCGCCGCCGCCGCAAUAAACCACCGCCGCUUCACUUCCCCUAUCGCCGACGUCACCAUUUUCAUCUUCCAUGGGCAAGCCCAAAACCCCGCGCCGGAGUCUCGACUCCUACUCUGUCAAGCACAUCAACAAAACCGUUAAACCCGGCGACUGCGUGAUGAUGCGCCCGGCGGACAACUCCACGUCGUCCUACGUGGCGAAGAUCGAGCGGAUCGAGUCGGACAGCCGAGGCGCCAACGUCAAGGUGCAUGUGAGGUGGUACUACCGGCCGGAGGAGUCAAUUGGUGGACGCCGGCAGUUCCAUGGCUCCAAGGAAGUGUUUCUCUCCGAUCACCGUGAUAUCCAGAGCGCGGAUUCGAUUGAAGGCAAGUGUACGGUCCACAGCUUCAAGAGCUACGGGAAGCUUGAGGCUGUUGGGGACGAGGACUUCUUCUGUCGGUUCGAGUAUAAUUCCAUCACCGGAGCCUUCAAUCCCGAUAGAGUCGCCGUGUAUUGUAAAUGCGAGAUGCCAUACAACCCCGAUGACCUAAUGGUGCAGUGUGAAGGCUGCAGCGACUGGUUUCAUCCUGCUUGUAUAGAAAUGACGGCAGAGGAAGCUAAAAGGCUCGACCACUUCUACUGUGAGACCUGCUCAUCCCAAGUCCAAAAGAAGUUGCAGAACUCCCAUGAUACUGAUGCUACAACUGCUGCUACUACCUCACCAAAACAAUCAGUUACGAAGGCGGGACCAAAGAGGCGUCGAAGAUGAUGACAAGAGGCGCAUAGAAUCGUGCUAUAAGAAACUAAACUUGUGCGAUCAUCUUCAUCUUCUGAGUUUAGGUGAUGAUGGCUGAGUGGCAGUUUGUACUCUAUGAGCUGGCUGAGGAUGGCACUGCUUUUUUAAGGACGCCCUUUGCUAUGUUGUAUUUAUGUUUAUAUAUAGGGUUUGAUCACUGCUACCUUCUUAUGUUAAUAUACAAUCUAGGUUUUUUUUUUUUGCAAAGACCCGAACUCCUUACGUGCGAGUUGACACAAUCUAGGUGCACAAUUUGGUUAGAGUAAAUGCGUUGAGAGACGUCUAGGCAAAUAACAUGGUCACUUGUUAGUUUUAGUAAACAUUGUGAUAUUAACAAAUACCUAUGGUUUGCGAAGGCAAUGCGUAGAG